GUUUUUUAAUUCUGAUUCUUGUUGAUGGAUGGAAAAUGAAUCCACAUCAUAUCUUGAAAGAAGGGUACCUGCUUGUGCAGGUACAGAUUAUAAUCUUUAUUUAAGACAAUAAAAGAUAACGUACACAUUAAAGUACUAUAUUUCAUUCAUGCAUAUUCACAUUAAUAUUUGGGUGCCAAGCAAUUUGUCAUCACACUCACUCACACUGAGUCACACCGAGUGAGAUCUCAGAUAGUUGCUAAUUUUUUAUUAGUUCAGAAUAGUAAUUAGUAAUAAUAGGAUAAUAUUAAGUAUUAUAGAUAAUAGACUCAAAUGAUAAAUUCAUCACCUGGGAAAUAGGGGCAUAGGCAUAGGAGCCAUAAUUACUGAUUACUUUUGUAUGGUGGGUCUUGCUUUUCCCUUAAACCUCACACUCACAGCUCAAGGCCAUGACUAGAUACUUUGGUCAAAAAUUUAAACAUUUUGUAAAAAUAAACCAAUGGCAUAGUUGAAUAGAGCUAAAUUUUUACAGAAUUAUAACACCAAAAUUAUAUUUUUAGCUGUUGUAGUUUUAAAGUUAUGAAUUUUUAAAGUACGACUUGGUUUGUCCUUUUUUAACAUGGACUGCAUCUCCACAUUCUGUGACCUCAUUCCGCCGAUCGCGUCAUGCGCAAUGACUAUAUAGUUUAUAUAAGGCCAAGGCAUUCCCUUAUCACUAAAAUACUGUUUAGGGUCGACUUAUUUUAAACUUUCAACUUUGGCACAUGAAUAAUUAAUUAAAGCUUUCCCUGACCAAUGGUUUAAUAGUUUUUGCACACGGCAAACUCUUAUGAAUGAAACUCUGAGAUAGUACUACGAUAUAGCCGUUAUGCAAGUGGCUGUGAAUGGUUGCCAAUGACAACGUGUUGCACACGGAAAUUUCUGAUCAUUUAUAAUAUGGACUCUACAGGGUUUUUAAAGCUCAAAUUAAAACAUUCCAGUUUAAAUGUCUUCAAAAUGCAUUCUGAAACACAAGUUAUCAAAUAUUUUGAUGUAUAUAGUGGUAAUAAUUAAAUAUUUCUUAAGUAUCGGCAACUUCCGCCAUUAAAAAGGGGGCGUGGCCCACGCCAUGUCGAAAUAAGGCGGAGCCCCCUUAUGGUGAUAUGGGUCACUGGGAGAAGCGUAGCGAACGUGGGACACUACCUACAUCAAUGAGAAUUGGCACAGAUAUAUAUCAAUAUCUAAUGCCUUACACGAUUUAAUAUGAAAGACAUGUUCCUUUUAUUUCACAAAAAAUUUUGUAUUCGAAGAUGCCUUAUAUAUAACAAAGAUUUUCAAAAUGAAGUUCGAUUGAAAAAAGCAAAAUAGUUGGAUGGAAAUGUAGGCCAAGAUGUCUUCCAAAUUAUAAGGCCGGAAACGGAACUCAAAUAUAUGUCCAAAGAACUAAUUUAAUUAUAAAUAGACACACACAUCGGAAAAUUAAAAACUCGGAUUUUUCGGCGCCGAUGCUUAUUUCCGAUACAAAAAAAGUAGUAGUCUCCCUUGUUUUAUCGAAGUAUCUACCAUGACCAAGUCUUGGCCAAGUGCAUGGCACCUGGUCAAAACAAGGAUAACUUAAAUUUUAUUUUAAAUCGUCUGAAGCGACUCAUAUGCAUUUUAAGUUUUCAUAAAAUAAAAAGUGAGACUACUUACAAAAAAUUUGUAUUGGAAAUUGUGGCCGGUUGAAAACCAAGUUUUCAAUGCUUUUUAGGCACUACCGCUAUACUGUAUUAUAGACAAUAUCAAGCUAUAUGAAUUAAUCCCUAUAUGUGAUCUUUAAAAGUGAUUUUAUUAAUAUACCACCAACUUUCAACUUGUUUUACAUUGUAGAACAACUUGGCCUAAACUUGCCUGUAAAAGUUCCUAUUGCCUAUUAUUUUUUUGUUUUCACAUUGGACUGUAUUAUUGAGAAAUAAUUCUAAACAUAGGGGUCAUCCAUAAAUGACAUCAUGCAAAUUUUUGCCUAUUUUUGACCAUCUCCCCACCUCCCACUGCUCUACCCUCUCCACCUCAUGCCCUCCCCCUUUAUUCCACCAACUUUCAACUUGUUUUACAUUGUAGAACAACUUGGCCUAAACUUGCCUGUAAAAGUUCCUAUUGCCUAUUAUUUUUUUGUUUUCACAUUGGACUGUAUUAUUGAGAAAUAAUCCUAAACAUAGGGGUCAUCCAUAAAUGACAUCAUGCAAAUUUUUGCCUAUUUUUGACCCCCCCCCCCACCCCUCCCCUCAUCGUCACAAAAAGUUAGACUCCCCUCAAAUAUAACUUCACAAAUCUGUGCACCCCCCACCCCUAAUCAAAUUCCCUGCGUCCACUACUGUCCUUUACAAACCCUUAUGAAAUUCAUCUCCUGUGGAUAUCAAAUUACUGCACCUGUGUUAGAAACAUUUCACAAGAACAGUGGUUCUUAACCAGGAGUAAAAGUACCUCCCCAGCCAUGAGGUGUGGAAGACCAGAAAAUUGUAAUUAGUGGCGUAGCUAGUGGGGUGCGGACCGCACCAGGUGACACUAUCUCAGGGGUGACAUAAAAUUGCAUAUUUACAGAGCACACACUGCUCGGUCUAACCAAAUUUCAUAAGAGGAUAACAGAUGACUCAUACAUUUUCCACCAAUGUAACCAAUCAAAAUGCAUGUUUUAUUAAAAUUUCAAGGUUGAUUUGGUUACCUUAUUAUUAGGUCAGAAACACACCAUAUUGACCAUGUUUCAACGCCGAAUGAAGUGUUUGGUAACUUUUGUAAGUUACAGGACGCUAUAUUUAUCUAAAUUCUGAGAAAUAAAGCUAUCUUUUGAUAACAAUGGGCGAAUCUAAGUGCAUGUCACAGUUCUUAAAUACAUUUACUUCCUGACCUUCAAUUAAUUUUUGUUGUUCUUAUAUUUGUUAUACUGUGGACUAAGUUUAACAAGAAGAUUACAUCGUGGAAGUCGGGAGGGGGAGCACCUUACCGGACCAGGUGACACCAACUAUAGCUAUGCCACUGAUUGUAUUUGCUACCAUUGCUAGUUGCUGCUGCUUUGAAAAAAAAAAGUUUUUUGCAUUUUGAUUAGCAGCAGUAAAUAUUGUUCUGGUGAAUUUUAUUGGCGCAUUGCUUGCAUUGGUAAUUUUUUCCCUUGUUUAUAAAAAGUUAAUUAAAGAAAUAAAACUACAGUAACUAAAUUAUUUAAAUAUUUUAAAUUUUAUUUAUUUUAUACAGUUGGUUGGGGGGGGGAUGUUUAAAAUGGAGUGGUCCUGCUGAUACAAAUUUUAAGAAUCCCUGCCCUAGAGCCUUUACUAAGAUACUCCUGUGAACCUUUUUUUUGUUCCAUCCGAAUUUCCUGCGGUAGCUCUAAUUCUAUGAUUCCUGUGUCCAGAUUUAGCCAUAAAUUCUCAAGACUGUCACUAUAACUACAUCCCGAUUCCCCUCCUCCUUGGCGUCCUGUAACUUGAUCAGAAAACAAUUCUUUGUACCGCGCAUACCUGUACUGAGUCUCCCAGUGUUAGUAGUUUAAAAAUAAAAUAAUGACAAUUGUUAUAUUAAAGAAUAAUGUUUCAAAUGUCUGUAAUUUAGUGUUAUUAAGUGCAAUUCUUUACUACAAUAUUCUGCUUUUCAUGUGACGUCACAUUGCUUGAGGACCCCCCCGCCCUCGGCACACAUCGUCACAAAAAUCUGACCCCCCUCCGCCCCCUAGGUGCGUGUCUUCAUUUAUGGAUGGCCCCAUACCAAUAGGCCUAUAUAUCUCAAUGUCUUUAAAUGUAUAUUUUUCAAAGAUGAUAUAAUAAAAAGAGUGUUAUUAAUUUUUAACAGAUGGAUGAAUGAUAAUGGUAUUUUAUUUGCUAGGUUUCCUGAAUGAGCAUCAUACAUGACUAUCUGCAUGACAUGCUGCUUUCUUGUGUAAUAAUAAUAAUAAUAAUAAAGUUUAUUUCAAAAACACGCUUUAUCCCCAAAGGCUCGAAGCGCGGUACAAAAUCAACAAAAAACAAAUCUAUAAUUUACCACAUUUAAAACAAACGCAACACUACAAAAACUAAUUACAAGCAUACAAUGUCAAAGUCUUUCUAGCCAUUUCAACCAUAAGCAACAGUUAAUAUGCAUUAACUGGAAAAUAAGGUAGACAAUCAUCCCAGAAGGUGUUUGCGAAAUAGAUGUGUCUUUAAAUCGGUUUUAAAGGACUCCAGUGUCUGGUUGUUUCUGAGAUCGACAGGAAAGGCGUUCCAAAUUGUUGGACCAGCAAAUGCGAAAGUGCGCUUUCUGUAAGUCUCAAGGCAAACACGUGGUGUCGAGAGUUUGCCACUAUCAGAUGAGCGGAGUCGUCUAGUGGGUACAUAAGGCGUCAGCAGCUCUUUCAGAUAGGACGGCGCCAGGUCAUGUAAGCAGCGGUAGCACAAAGUUGCGAUUUUGUACUCUAUGCGAGCACGCACCAGCAGCCAGUGCAACUCUCUCAGAAGUGUUUUUGCAUGGUCGAACUUGCGUUUGCGGAGAACAAUGAGAGCCGCAUUAUUCUGUGCUAUUUGAAUUUUAUCCAGGAGCGUAGCUGGAAGACCCACCAUGAGAUCAUUGCAAUAGUCCAUGCGUGAUAGCACAAAUCCAGACAUCAGCCUCUUUAUUGCAUCAAUUGUUAGGAAGGGCCUGAUGUGACUAAUCCUGCGCAGCUCCAGAAAAAUCGCCUUGCAUUUUGCAUAGCAUGUAAAUAUGACUUUCAAAAGUUAGUCUUCUAUCUAGGUAGACACCCAGGUACCGCACUGUUUGAGCUAACUCAAUACGCACACCUGAGAGAGUAAUUGAUGUCGUGUUAUUUGCAGAUUUUUGCUUCUGAGCGGUCGCGAUGGGAAGCAGCUCAGUCUUAUCAUCAUUCAAUUUGAGCUUGUUUAUGGUCAUCCAGUGCUUAACCGACUCCAUUGUCUUCUGUGUCAUACUGAGCAGCUGAGGGAACUGAGAAGGGAUCACGGAUUGAUGAAGUUGUGUAUCGUCCGCGAACAUGUUAUACAACAUGUCAAACUGCCUGAUCUCUGCACCCAGGGGCUGAAUGUACAUCGUGAAAAGCACCGGGCCUAGCACCGAGCCCUGGGUUACUCCGAAUUUGAUAAUAGAUUUCUUCGAGGUCAAGCCGUUUGAAAUAACUGACUGGACCCGGUUCAGUGAGACCGAACGUUUGUUGCAGACGCUGGAGCAGUAUGCCGUGGUCGAGCGUAUCGAAAGCUGCCGAUAAAUCGAGUAAAGACAAAAUCGAUACCUGGCCCUUAUCACAAGACGACAGAAGGUCGUUUACGACGGGCAACGGCUGUCUCAGUAGAGUGAUGCGCCCUGUAUGCUGACUGGAAUGGUUCAAACAAGUCAAACUGAGUGAGGUGAUCCAGGAGUUGGCGGAGAACAACUUUUUCUAAGAUUUUAGAAAUAAAUGGUAGAUUUGAGAUGGGGCGAUAAUUUUCCAUCACAUUUGGGUCAAGAUUUGACUUCUUUAAUAGUGGAGUGACGAUCGCCUCUUUAAAAGAUGAUGGAACAAUACCAGUAGCUAAGGACUGAUUUAUGAUAUAAGUGAUGAUGGGGACUAUUUCAUCCAGACAUUCAUACAAGAGCCCUGCUGGAAGAGGGUCAAGCGAACAUGACUUUCUUGGGGUAUCAGCGAGGAUUUUCCUCACAUUCGAUUCACUGACCUCAAGAAAUUCACCCAUAGAAGAGCCGUUGAAGAGUGAGAAUUCUGGAGCAGUAUCGAUGCAACUGUCAAGUUUUGUCCUGAUCCUCUUAACUUUUGUAAUAAAGUAGUCGUUUAGAGCGUCUUGCAGCUCUUCUACAGCAAUGUUAUUUGGCAGAGAUGUAGCCUUGUUUUUACCCGUCAGCUGACCCACAAUGCGAAAUAAGUCCUUGCUAGAGCUGCUGCCUGUAAUCUGAUGACUAACAUACUCAGUCCUAGCUGCAAGGACCAACCUCUUGGUUCGUUCCCUGUGGUCAACAAAGAUUUGUCGGUGCACAGUCAAGCCCGACUUCCACCAUUGGCGUUCUGCACGUCGCUGCUUCUGCUUAGCGUCCUUAAUUUCGGGCGUGAGCCAUGGGGCGGAAAGGCGGUUCGUAACUCGCCGUGUGGACAGUGGUGAAUGUUUGUCUAAAAUGACUCUGAGGCCACUGUUGUAGUCUGUAGCAGGGUCAUCUUCACCGCACUCAAGGGCUGCGACGUCACAUCUAAAGGCCGCUAGGUCUAUCUGUUGGAGGUCACGGGAUGUUACUGAUCGCAGAAGGCGUCCUGGCUUCCUCAAGUCAAAGUCGAAGGUGACUGGGAAGUGAUCAGAAAUAAGUUUGUCCUCAAUAAUGAGGUUUUGGAUCAAAGCUGCCCGGUCCUCUCUGACAACCAGCCAAUCUAGCAUGUGACCUCGCUUCUGCGUCGGGACACUGACAAGCUGAGUCGUUCCGUGUGUGUCGAGAGCUGAUUUUAAGGUCUUCAAGAAGCUGUCGGUGGUGGAGUCGAAAUGGCAGUUUAUGUCGCCGAUUAUGAUGACAUUGUUGUUGGUGGUGGCGUACAUGUCAGGGAGCUGUAUAAACUCUACAGUAACCUGACAGAUCUUCAACUUAUUUUGCUUAUUUGGAGGUGGCCUGUAUAUGUAUAGAAACGUCAUUGCUUGUUCACCGUAAUUAAGUUGCAUUUUGCACAUUUCAAAUGAAGCAAACUCGUCCGAUUUUGAGAUGGCCACACUGUUUUUAAGGGAGUUCCUGUAAAGGACGGCAAUACCACCACCACUGCGCGACUGCCGUGGGCAAGAGUGAAGGACGUAGUCCGGAGGUGUAAUUUCUUGAAGCUUCACCUCAUCUCCGACACGUUUAAACCACGUCUCGGUAAUGAACACAAGGUCGGCCUUGCUCUCCAAGACAAGAUCACACAACUUGGCUGUCUUAUUUCUGCAGGACUGGGAGUUGAAAUAAAGCACUCCGAAAUGCCGUGAUUGCGGCUUCACAGCAGGCUGGCAGUCAACAACAACUAAAUUUGAUCUCGUCACGCCCCGUCGAGACGGUGUGAAAUCAUGAGCCACCGGCCUGCUCUUAGGAUUGACACGUAGGGAAUGGUCACGAUGGAGGACACAGUAUGUGGCUGAUUUCCGUCGUUACUGACAGCCUCGUUUUAAGGCUUUACAUGACGAUCUCCACAAGCAAUAAUAUUGACAUGGCUUUCGCCAUGGUGGUAUUUCAGUGGACACUGUUUCAGACGACCUGCUCGAUAAAGACGCUUCUUCUUUCGUCAUGCGCCAACUUUCUGUCCACCACUAUGAUGGGGCAGGCCUUGACCAAUGGAGAGUUCUUUAAGUCGAUACACCAAAUUAGCAGACAAAGUAUGCGUUUGACAUUAAUUGACAAUAAUCGAUCGCGUGAGUACAUCAGCCGGGGUGUGUCACCAAGCGUAUCAUUAGCAUGCAUGAGCUAUGAUUUUGAUGACAGCUAAGAUGGCCGACUACGCAAGGAAAACAGGAACACAUAUAAAACUACCAUAUGAUCCAGAGCUUGAUUCUAUACAUGCCUGUAAGGCGUAGUGUCAAGCUCAAGACAACUUUGACUUCCCUGAAAUUGAAUUUUGUAAUUAUGAUAAUCAUUUCACAGUAUCUUCUUGAUUUGUGUACAAUUUCGGUAUUCAAAACUUUGAAAGGCCGCCAUCUUGUUAAUAGUCAGAUCAUAUAAUUUUGUGUGUAAAUACUAUUGAAUAACGUUAAAGUUUUUGUGCCUACACAUUUAAAUCAAUAAUAGUUUAAAAUGAAUAAUAAUAAUAAUUGUUACUCAUACUCAUAUGGCAUGAUAUGGGAAAUUAUUAUGGGCUACAUGUUACUACAUAUAGAAUAUGUGCAUACGUCUAAGUAGUAAGUUGUAUAAUCAUUUAUGUUAAUCAAGGGACAAAACAAGUCAGAAAUUCAACUAACUACAUGAACUAAAAUUAUGAAAAACUCUUUUAAUUUGUAGGGUUGUGUUAAUUUCUAAUACUAAUGUAAAACUGUUUCCUGCCUAUUCAUUAAAUAAAUUAGUGUUCCAUUCAUUUUAAAGAUGAACAAUAAUGAAAAUGUUUUUUAUAAAUUUAUAUUAAAUUGAUAAGAAGACCCAUUUCCGACAUCAAUUUUUGGGGUGUUUUUUGGGGAGGGGGUAGGAGUGACUCUGGGGACAAAUGAACUUUUCAUUCACUUUUCCAACUUGCACCUUCUAGUCUUAAAUGCAUCACUUUUUUUUCUUCAAAAUUUCUAUUAUUCAUGAAAUGAAGUUGUUUCCGUUUGUGAAUGAAUGAAGCAGUAUUAUGGUAGACUACUGUGUUCCAAUUUCACAUAAAAAAAUAAUAAGCAAUUAAGUACAUACCGAUGCAUUAGAAUAAAUGCGUUGACGGUCACAAAAUUUGCCAUUCUGAAAAAUGUCAUUCCCCAGAUCAAGAUGGCAUUACUUUUGUAAUUAUUUAAAAUAGUUAUAUGAUGUCUGGAAUCAAUGCUUAUUUAAAGCCACCCAUCCAAUCUUGGUUGAACAGGUGCAUAUAUUGUAUUCUUUAUUUUGACUGUUGUUCAGAAUGCCAACAAAAAAUGGAAAGCCCGUUGGUUUGUGUUAAGCGAGGACCACCUAUCCUGUCAUCACAAAAAGAACAAGUCAGUGAUCAUCAAUUCUCUUCCAUUACAAGGCUGUUCAAUCGUAUGUCCUUGUCCAGAGUUUGCAGAUUUCAACACACAGGUUAGUGUUGUUAAAUGUUGGGUUGGUUAUAAAUCAAAUACAUUUUUUCUAAAAAGAAUAUUGCUUAUCAGCUGGCUUGAAUUCUAUUUGACUAUUCUUCUCCUUUUGGCAUGAAUUCACCGCAGGGUCUAUUCAAAUUACUUGUACCUGAUGGUGAGGAGUUCUAUUUUCAAGCUGGAGGAGUUGAAGAUAGAGACCGAUGGGCACAUGCUCUGGGUGCAGUUAUUAGAUCUCUAAGUACAUCAAAAGAGGUAAAAUGUAUAGAGAGACGUUGUAUCAUAAUAGAAAAUGUAAUAACGUUAUCAAAAAUAUCUCUCAGAUAACCAAAACAUUUCCUUUAAAUCUUGUGUUCUUAUCAUAGCAUUUCUAUUUGCAGAUUAUUCAUGACAAAAUGUCAUUUCAAGACUUUCAUACAUAUGCAAACGUUAGGUAUGCUCAUAAUUAGAACUUUGUUUUUCUAUUAGAUAUGUACAUUAGGAUUUCACAUGGCUAGAAAUAGCAAUUUGGAAAAUAUUGAUUUAUAAAGAAAAAGAUGAGUUGAGCAAGUUAAAUUUUUUAAUUGCCAUCUAUUUGAGGUGAUUGUUAAAAUAUUACUCAUCGUGUAGAGCCAAAUGUCAUAAUUGUAUUAUUUUUGUAUUUCCAGCGAAAUAAUUGGAGCCAUUCAAGAUCCUGAUGCUGGUAUCGAGUCCGCCAAUCACCUGAGGGGCGGAGUCGUUUUUAAGAACUGUUUUACAGGUUGAGUUUUUUUUGCCAUUGUCAGGAUUGUUUAGCGUGCAAAUAUUUUAGAAGGGCACAAUUUUAAAAAAAUUAAUCUUUAAUCCUGUGAAUUCAUGUUUAGUUUGUAGUUGCAUCCAUCAUUUUAUGAGAUUUAAUGCAUUAAUGGAGGCUUGAGUGAACAAUUAUUGACAUUUUAUACAAGUCUUAUUUUGUUUCUUGCCAGUUAUUAAACUAUUAUGACUUUAAAGAUUAAUUUAAUGAAAAUCUGGUAGUGUCAUCCUGGCUAGUAGAAUGGUCAUGUUUCUUUUUCUUUAUAAAAGUUAUAGUUAAAAAAAAAUCAAUUUAGCUUAAUUUUUUGCAUAUUUUUUUGUUCAACUAGGAAAAGCGAUUGUGGAUUGGCUGCUACGGUGGUCCCUUGUACGGAACAGAAGUAAUGGUGCGGCAAUGGGCCAGGCAUUACUUAAACUAGGUCAUAUCCAAGAAGUAGAUCUGAAAGAUGGAACAAGUGGGGUCAGUCCAAGGUUCAGUGACAACAACAAGCUCUACCGUUUUGUAAGUUGAUCAUGUGACAGUUGUUAAUAUUGAUGAUGUAAAAAUAAGGGGUAUUGGGUGGUGACCCUUUUAAGUAUUUCUGACACCAUUUUCUAGGUUCUCUUUAACACAGCUUCACUCAGCACCAAGAGUCACGCACACCAAAUACCAGAGGCAGCAACCCUUCAUAAAAUAUUACUGUUCAUCUUUAUUCUUGGUACUGGCAAGACAUCAAUAUAAUUUUGUACACAACGUGCGCCUCUGGGACUAAUAUCAUCUUAGGCAACAAAGACUCAACGUAACUAGCUUUCAUUAGUCACACACAUCUGGCUACUGUGUAUCAACUUCUGGAUACUCCCAGAACAAAAAGUGAAUCCAUGUUUACCAAAUGUUACGAGCUACCCAAUUAGUAACGCACUGGCUUCUGGCUUCUAUUGUGAGAAAUUAAUCUCUUGUUUUAAGUUAUGGCUCGUUCACACAGUGCACAACAAAGAACAAUACCAUAGAGAAAUACAAUAAUAAAGUUGCGACUCACAAAAACAGUUGCCAAUUACAAUUAGUAAGAUUUAAUUUAGUAAUAAUACAAUUACAAAACAAAAGAAAUAUAAUUAAAAAUCAUCAACUUACAGAGUAUGUGAAAAUCUUGUACCGCAAAUAAACACAUGAGCACACAAAGAAUAAUACAAUUGUCUCGUAAAGUUAAUAGUAUCUAUCUGAAUCUCUCUCUGUCUCCGUGUUUGUCAAUCCCUUCAUAUAUGCAGCGUAAGCCCUGCCUUCCAGAAACUACUCAGCAUUUGUUUACGUUUCUUGGCAAAUUGAGAACCUUCGACAAGAUACUAUGAGACAUACUAACCAUGUUUAAUUGAAAGUCUGUAGUAAACAGGAUACAUCAAAGACUAAGCCACGCCCACCACAAACGCUAUCAUCUGCUAGGGAUCUAAUGUGAGGUGAAAUAAAGUUAAAGCACGGGGGAAAAGUUUACUACAUAACACCAAAUCUCUACUCUAAAUCAACUGCUGGGAGCUACAAAGUCAACUUUUAAACUCACACACCUUAUAUUCACACACUUGUUUGUAAAAUUUAACUGGGCUUUUACUUUUAUAUUUUAAAAAAAAUGUAUGUUUAUUUUUCUUGUUGACCAAAUUACAGUUUUAUUGAAAGAAUGUAAAUAUUGAAAUAUUGUUUCUCAAGACAUCCAUCAAUCUCGGAGCCAAAAGAAACAGUUUUUAUGACAGUACAGAUAGUGAGUCGAGUUCUUCAGAGGAUGAUGAUGAUGACAUAGACAAGGAAGAGCAGAAAGUGAAAAAGGGAAAGGUGCUGAAGGAAGCAUUUUUGGCUAAAAAGGUAAGUCAGGUUUAACAUUUACUUCCAUUGACUGGCAAGAUUUAAACAGAACCGCUCAAUGGUUGGUCCGUGUUUAUUCCUGUCCAUCUCAACGUGUCUGAUAUAAAAAGAGGAAAUAUUGUCAGGAGUCUUUGUCCCCCUUUCUGCUAGACGAGUCUAAUGGAAAUAUUGGCUUAAGAAUAUGACAAGAUGUCGAAUAUCAGAAUUUCUCCAAUGGUCUGCACUUUGUAACUUUUGACUGUCUUAUGUACUUCAGUUGGCAGUCGGCCUGCUUAUCCAACAGAUUGAUGGUCACUUUGUAACUUAUGAAUUAGUAGUUUCAUAUUCAGAAUUAGUAGUUUCAAAUACAGAAUUAGUAGUUUCAUAUUCAGAAUUAGUAGUUUCAAAUACAGAAUUAGUAGUUUCAUAUUCAGAAUUAGUAGUUUCAAAUACAGAAUUAGUAGUUUCAAAUUCAGAAUUAGUAGUUUCAUGUACAGAAUUGAAUUGAAUUAUAAAGAAGGCCUUAAAUUAUUUUAAAAUAUCUGUUUCUGCGUGUUUCUUUUGUUGGCUUUUAUUGAUUCGACUAUUUGCUUUUUCUUAUGCUAGAAACACAUUCGCAAGGGUUGGCGUGUUGUGAAAGUGACAGUCAGAGAAACUCCCCCGACACUUCAGUACUGUCGUGCCAAAUUAUCUGCUGUAAGUAAGUUAUGAAUAUGAUGGAAUAAACAAAAAAAUGAUUACUUGGAUGGCAUAACCCAUUCAAUUUCAUCAUUAUUGCACAAGAGAAAUAGCGUAAUUUGUCAUAGUAUGACUUUAAAAAAUUUACUGAAGUUUUGGGAAAUAAUUUAAUUGAACACAUAAAACAACCAAUUAUGAAUGCAAAUCAAUUUAUUUCAUAGAAAUAUAUUGCAAAAUAGAGAUGUUUAAAGUUUUUUCUUUCUGAGCCGAUUUACGGUAAAGGUGGAGUUGUUCCCCUUUGCCUGGGGUUUGAAAUAAUGAAAAUGAAAAAAUUUCUGACUGCCCAGAAUUGAAAAGGAUAAAAUACAAGUAAUGGUGAUCAACUGCAUACAAGAAUUUAUUUUCCUUUGUUGUUGAGGCAAUAAACUGGAUUCUCUAACAACUUAUUAUCAGGUGACAGACGACAAGUGCCCUACCAAAACAGUGUUGUUGGACAGGUGUAAGGUGAUGGAAAUUAUCAAACCACCUACUUCUAAAGGUAUCUUGUUUUCAUGGACAAAUUUAUCUUUAGAUAGGACAUUAACUCAUUCCCUCCGGCAGUGCUAUUUCCGUACUUAAUUUAUUUUCCUGAGAAAAGGGAAGUUUUGAAAUUUAUUUACAUUUUAAAAAUAUUUUUUUAAGCUGCUAAAUAUUAAUAAAUGUUAAUGAAUUAAGGACGAAUGCAUCAAAAAAUGAAUAAAGCUUAAUAAAAAUUAACAUUAGCGUCGAAAAAAUAAUGAACAAUGGGCAAAAUAUCGAUUUUUUGGCACCUCGGACGAACACAUGCUAGAUAUAGUCGAGCCGUACUAAAGCACACUUAGUUUUAAAGUGAAACAAGAUGAAAACUUAUGGUUUUUAAAUUAAAAAUCACGCAUAAUCACGCCACAGCUGGAAGUCUCGAGGGACGCGAGAUUUAAUUGCUAUUGUUAACUAAAAAUAAGAGAGGUGUGUUGCUACGCAUUUGGACGCAUCGGUCGAAACCCCCCAAAGGACGCAUUAAGUCGCAACCGUCUGGAAUGAGUUAAUAGUGAAUUAAACUAUUUAAUUCCAUAUACUUCACAAAGAAAUGGGGCAUGAAAAUCUCCAAUUUAUAUGGUGAAAACCAAGCAUAACUCCCAAGACAAGCUUUUUGGACUCUUCUAUAUUUAAAACAUAAAAACUUUGCUCAUUUAGUUGAAUGAACUGUCUACACAAAAAAAGUCAUCCAUUUUACCUUGUAUGUUUUACGUUUUGUUACUUAUAUAGAUUCAUUUUAUAAAUAUUGUGAAACAUUCUGAUCAAGGUAACAAUUUUUAAACCAGAAGAAUUUAAACGUAAUACAUUGAAAGUAUUCUUCAGUGCAAAAAAUCAGCUAUCAUGUAUCAUCAAACCUCACUUCCUAAAUAAAUAAAAUGAAUUUGAGAGCGUUUCAUUAAUUUUAAAAUAGAUAAUAAUAAUAAUAAUAAUAAAGUUUAUUUGAAAAACACGCUUCAUCCCCAAUAGCUCGAAGCGUGGUACAAAGUCAACCAUAUUAAAAAGAGAAAUAAAAACAAUCUGAAAUUUACCACAUUUAAAAAACAGACGCAACAGUAUAAAGCUACAUACGAGCAUACCCAGUCAAAGUCUUUCAUCCCGUUUCAACCAUAAGCAACACAAGCCAAUAUACAUUAACUGAAAAAGAUGGUAGAUAGCAUCACCACAGAAGGUGUUUCCCAAAUAGAUGUGUUUUUAAAUCAGUUUUAAAGGACUCCAGUGUCUGGCUGUUUCUGAGAGCGACUGGAAGAUGUUCUCACCCAAACACGGGGGAUUAAACAUGCUGACAGAUGUUCUCACCCAAACACACAGGAUAAUUAUGAUUUAUAUAUUUUUAUGGCACUACAACAUUUCCACUGCUACAAUAAGAUACCCGGUAUGAUUUAAAAUAAAAAUUACUUAUAUUGCUAUUUCAGGCAGCAGUAGCACAAGUAGUGGUGUCAGUGAGGGCUCAGAGCCAAGGUCUCCACGCUUUCGUCUUGUUGUCCGAAGCAAGAAGGGAAAGACCUUAACUUUCCAGAUGAAGGAUGAGCAGGAGAAAGUCGAAUGGCUGAGUGUGCUGAGUGACAUCUGCAGCAGAUCUACAACGAUGGAUGUCAUCAGCGACAACAGGGCUACAGCUGAGGCAGCUGGCGUCAGUUAAGACAUAUACAAAAUGUCUUGUGUCAUCCAGAUUUGGUUCGGCUUGUUAUGAAAUGUGAAGCCGAGUUUGCAUCAAGUGACUUAGUGAAUUGCCAAUACUGUGCAAUAAUAUCUAUCAAUGCUGGACUAGUGGUUUGGAGAGAAAUAUGCGGAGGACUGCGUUCAGUUUGAAGCACUAAGAAAUAUACACAAUGUAGAGAAAAAUUUGAAAGACAAUAUCAGACCUGUUAACUCUUAUGAUUUUGGUGUACCACGUAUGAUUUAGAGAUAUCUUUUAUGAUUGUACGUUAAGACUGGCCAGAACUAUGAUUUUAAAAGGGAGUUUAAAAUAUAUACAUUCCAGUAGUUUUUCCUAUUAAAAAGUACAUUUUUGG